UGCUUAGUUAGGCCUCAGCAAGCUUCAGGGUCCUAAGCUUUAAGAUGACUUCGACAACAUUGUGAUGUCAUAUCUUAUGCUUUUGUUUUCAGACAAGCAACUAGUCAUUGCUAUUCCUCUCUCGCCUUUUUGAUUUACGACUGGCUGUUAGGUUUAGAAAGCGAGGUCCAGCAUAUCUGGAUGCAGCCUCAAAAGCGAGUGUUCAGAUGGCUUUACAUCUACCUUCGGUACUUCAGUUUGUUGAUUCAAGCAAUGCACCCAGGUAUCGUGGAAUACUUCUCAGGAGGUCGUGGUUCGCCUUCUUCCUGUCUAGCCUGGAAUAUAUAUGCAUCCUUAGUGAGUCAAGUUCAUAUCACAGCAGUCGAAAUGGUGCUUGCUGUCCGAGUAUACGCACUCUUCAACCGAAGUCGUCGUAUUGUUUUACUGGUCGGCUUUCAUAUCUUGCUUGAAGUCAUUUCUUCCGUGGUGAAUGCGGUAUACACCGUAAGAGCCACCAAAUACCAUGGGUACUGUAUCUUUUCCAAGCCGCCGCAUCAACUGAUGUACCACAGCAUUAUAGUCUUGUCCACACAGAUCACCUUGAUGAGUCUUACGUUGUUGAAGACUAUCCUUACCAGGCGCUCAGGAUGGGGGAGGACACCGAUCGUAUCCCUACUUCUGCGCGACAGCAGCGCGGUCCUCUUUGUCAUAUCUGGUCAGAGACUUCGUGACCAUACUUUUUUCAACAUUCAUUGAGCCCUAUAGCACUGUGUCUCUUGACGAUCGGCUUCUGCCGACUCAACGGCGAAAGAGCAACAGUAAUGCUUUUGUACAU